AUGAAAGAUUUGGGGAUGCUACGUUAUUUCCUUGGGAUUGAGGUUGCUUCAUCUCCAAAGGGGUAUAUUUUAUCUCAGUCAAAAUAUAUAGGUGAUAUAUUUGAUCGUGCUCGUCUUACUGAUAAUAAGGUUGUGGAUACUCCAAUUAAAACCAAUGUUCGAUAUUCCAUAACCGAUGGCUCACCUUUUCCAGAUCCAGCCUUGUAUCGUACUAUUGUUGGCAGAUUGGUUUACCUCAUCAUCACCCGUCCUGAUAUUGCUCAUGCUAUACACAUUGUUAGUCAAUUUGUUACUGCGCCUACUAUAGUUCAUUGGAGUGUUGUUCUUCAUAUUCUCUGA